AUGAACGCCUUCAGAGACUCUGUUUCCUCUACCCCAGCCGCUGCAUCAGGCGCCCCGACUCCAGCUUCAGCCACCGCUCCCACUUCCACUCGCGAUACUCUCCACGCUGCUUCAGCCGCGCUAGGGCUUACAUCUCAGGGACUGGAUCUCUGCCCUCACUGCUUCCGCGAGCUGUCGCAUUGCAACGAGAGGUUCUCAUUCUUCUGA